GCUCAGGCUAGUGACUACUGCCGCAUCAUGUCUGGACGGGGAAAGCAGGGCGGUAAGGCUCGCGCCAAGGCCAAGACUCGUUCUUCCCGCGCCGGACUCCAGUUCCCCGUGGGCCGAGUGCACCGCUUGCUCCGUAAAGGGAACUAUUCCGAGCGGGUCGGGGCCGGCGCACCGGUGUACCUGGCGGCGGUGCUGGAGUACCUGACUGCCGAGAUCCUGGAGCUGGCGGGCAACGCGGCCCGCGACAACAAGAAGACGCGCAUCAUCCCGCGCCACCUGCAGCUGGCCAUCCGCAACGACGAGGAGCUCAACAAGCUGCUGGGCAAAGUCACCAUCGCGCAGGGCGGCGUCCUGCCUAAUAUCCAGGCCGUGCUGCUGCCCAAGAAGACUGAGAGCCACCACAAGGCCAAGGGCAAAUAAGGUCCCAAAUAGCAGUGUCCAAACAAAAGGCUCUUUUCAGAGCCACCCACUAUUUCUGUGGAAGAGUUGGGUCACUUAAAAAACCCAAACCCAUUGCCGUCGAGUCGAUUCCGGCUCAAUAGCGACCCUAAACCUAUAGUCAGUAUUUGCCAGUAAAAGCACAACAU